CUGUGAAGGCAGCACCGCUCCGCUGCCAUCCAUGCAUCCAGUCCUGUCGGUGGUACCUGCUGCCAGGCUACUCAACUUAGCCGAGCAACCUCACCUCUCUGCCACUUUCUGUUCGGGAAUAACAAAAUGAACGACCGACAGAAUGAUCCCCUCGCUCGAUGCCCAGGCGCGCUCUGAGGGCAACAUGGAGACCGUCCACUCGGUUCGAGUGUUUUAGCUGUUACGGCGUCCUGCUGGGUCCAUUUUGCGUGUAACUGGAAGUGGAAAAGACAAAGAGAAAAAAAAGAGCUUUUCCAAUAGCUAGAAUGGUUUGGGCCUAAAAAGAAGACAAGAGGAAAUGCACCGUGCCAUCGAGUGGAAGCAGAGAAUCUGUAGGCACACUCUACCAGCUGGACGCCCACAGACACAGUUACAGAAACGACAAAGGCCAGCUGAUGUCUUCACCCGGAGGGAGGUUGGCGUAGAAAUUUAGGCUGACAAGUCAUGACGAGAACACUUCUGAAUCCCCGGGAGAUCCUCUGAGCCCUCCUCCCCUCCUCCUUCCAAUGUUUCAGUGGUUGGGGCCAUGGCCUCACAGUCAGGCAACAUGAACCGUGAGGACCGGAAUGUGCUCCGAAUGAAAGAAAGAGAAAGGAGAAAUCAAGAAAUCCAACAGGGAGGAGGAGAGGCCUUUCCAGCAAAUUCCCCUCUCUUCCCUGAACCUUACAAAGUGUCCAGCAAGGAAGAUAAACUGUCCAGCCGUAUUCAGAGCAUGCUGGGCAAUUACGACGAGAUGAAAGAGCCGAUUGGUGACACACUUCCAAAGCUUGGCGGUAAACCUUCUAACAGCUCGUCUUCCUCUGAGGAGAAAUCAGGCCCACCUUUGUUUGGCGGGGACCAGCGUGGUGUCGGUACCGGUGGCAGCAGCCAGAGCAGUAAGUGGACUCCUGUUGGUCCCGCAGGUGGAACUUCAUCCCAGUCCCAAAAACGCUCAGGACUCCAGGGGGGGCACGGCAGCCAGAGGAACACCGGCGGCAGUAGCAGCAGCAGCAGCAGUAGCCAAAGACACGGAGAGGUGCGGGAAAAGAAAUCGAGUAAACACAGUGGUGGAUCAGAGCACUCAAAGUCCCACACAUCGAGUCCCGCCAAGGGCUCUCUGAGUUCCUCCAGCAGCAACAGCCACUCGCGGAGCUCCCUGUCUGCCGAGCAGCAUCACAGCAAGGAGCGCUACCGCUCCAAGUCCCCGCGAGACAGAGAGGCCAACUGGGACUCGCCCUCACGGGUUCACACCUCCUUUACCAGUGGACAGCACUCGAGUCAGGCCUUUCCCCCAUCUCUCAUGUCCAAGCCCGGCUCCAUGCUGCAGAAGCCCACAGCCUAUGUGCGGCCUAUGGACGGCCAGGAAACGGCAGAGCCAAAGAGCUCACAAGCGGAAAGCUACAGCGGACAGUCGCACAGCAGCACCAUGGGAGAGAUGAAGUCCAACGGCAAGGCGUCGCUUUCCAAACUCAAGAUCCCCUCGCAGCCGGUAGAGGGCUCUGGCGAUGCCAACUGUGUCGAUGAAAUUCUGAAGGAAAUGACUCAGUCGUGGCCCCCGCCGCUGACAGCCAUCCACACCCCCUGCAAAACGGAACCCUCCAAGUUUCCAUUCCCGACCAAGGAGUCUCACCCUUUUCCAAGCGGACACAAGCGAGGCAGUUCUUCCAAGAGCUCCAGCAGCCACCAGUCCAAAGCUUGCGAUGACCAGCCCACUAGGCUCGAAGAUGACCUGAAGCUGAGCAGCAGCGAAGAUAGUGAUGUAGAACAGGACUCUGCCAAGAAUGCCUCAAGGAACACGUCAGCAAGCAAUAAUAGUGAAGGAGCGGAGCAAUCGCGGGACGACUCGAGCAGCCACAGCGGCUCGGAGAGCAGCUCCGGUUCGGACAGCGAGAGCGAAAGCAGCACGACCGACAGUGAAGCCAAUGAGCCCCCGCGGCCCGCCUCUCCUGAACCUGAACAACCCAUGGCCAACAAGUGGCAGCUUGACAACUGGUUCAAGAAGGCCAAGCAGUUCUCCCCGGCCUCUCCAGUGGACAAUAAUGUUCCAACCAAGUGCAAGAAAGAAGGCAGAGAUAAUAGCUCAGGGCGCAGCUAUGGCAGCCAGGGAGGGGGGUCAAAAGACUCGGCGACACCCACCCCAAGCAGGGACCUACGGGCGGCGCAAAAGGGUGCGGAGGGUGGCCGUGGUCGACAAAAAUCCCCCGCCCAGAGCGAGGGUGGCGCAAAUCCCCGAAUCCGCGUGGGUAAGAAACAGCCCAAAAAGUCAGAGAAGCCUCCAGUGGUGGAGGAGCCCAAGGGAGGUCUGCGAGUGGAGAGUGAGCCGGCCCCAGAGAUACCUCCCCAUCGGCCCAAAGCGGCGACCAAGGGCUCCCGCAAACCGAAUAUCAAGAAAGAACCCAAAUCCUCGCCGAGGCCCACCGCCGCAGCCGUCACCAACACUGUAGAUAAACGCAAGCCCAAAGCGCCCACCAAGACUUCCCAGAAGUCCCGCGAGUUUGUGGACACGGACUCCUCGUCAUCCGACUCCGAGGGGAACGAGAGCAUCCCGUCCUCGUCGCAGACGCCCAAGUACACAGAGAGCAUCAGGACCCCUGUGUGUGUGUUUUCUCCAAUGGAGGAAAAAGAGCUGCUGUCUCCUCUGAGUGACCCUGAGGAGCGCUACCCUGCGAGGCCGCCUCAGCAGCAGGUUUUACUAGUGAAAAUAGAUCUCAGUUUGCUGUCUAGGAUCCCAGGGCGGCCGUACAAGGAGCCUGUAGAGAUAAAAGUGGAGAGGGACGACUCUCUAGACAGGGACGGCAAAGACUUCAGCAAGCAGAGCUCUGAGAAGAGCUCGAGCAAGGCCAAGAGGAAACACAAGAAUGAUGAAGAAGGCACCAAGCCAGAGAGCAAGCGAUGCAAGCUCGAGGAAAAGUCUCUGUCUCAUCAUAAAAACAGCAGUAAAGAGUCUAAGAGGUCCUUGGAGAAGAAAGAGGAGCCGGUCCCUUCUCCGUCCAUGUCUGGUCUGCAGCGGACGCCCAAGGCAGAUCAUCCAAGUCGAAAGAGGACUGUCAGCCAGUCCUCCACCUCUUUGUCCAGCGGGACAGGAAGUGGAAAGGAGGGGGGCCACAGCACGAAGGGCAGCUCCACCUCCAAACACAGAAAAGGAGAGGACAAGGGACGCAGCACGCGCGAUGGCAAGGAGAAAUCCUCAAAGGGCUGUGAUAACCAGCUGGCUGUGCCUCCGCUCUCCUCGGACGGAUCCAAGUCUCAGAGAUCCAAGCUGGUGUUUGAGGACAGGGUCCAUUCAGCUGAUCACUACUUACAAGAGGCCAAGAAACUUAAACACAAUGCAGAUGCACUGGACAAGAUCCAUGUCAAAUUAAAAUUGGACCGCUUUGAAAAGGCCGUUUACUACCUGGACGCUGUGGUGUCUUUCAUUGAAUGUGGUAACGCUCUGGAGAAGAGCGCCCAAGAGGCCAAGUCUCCCUUCCCCAUGUAUGCUGAAACUGUGGAGCUUAUCAAAUACACUAUGAAGUUAAAAAGCUACAUGGCCCCAGAUGCUACUUCAGCAGACAAGAGGCUAGCUGUGCUUUGCUUACGAUGCCAGUCCCUCCUCUACCUGCGGCUAUUCAAGCUGAGGAAAGACAGUGCACUGAAAUACUCCAAAACACUCACAGAACACUUAAAGAACUCUCUGAGUAACACCCAGGCUCCCUCUCCUGGAAUGGGAAAUAAGGCAGCGGGUAUGCCCUCCCCUGUGUCUCCCAAACUGUCCCCGGGCACGGCCGGUGGCUACUCGUCAGUCACCAGCAGCAGCAGCGCCAGCUCAUCUGUGACCAUACCUCAGCGUAUCCACCAGAUGGCCGCCAGCUACGUCCAGGUCACCUCCAACUUCCUGUACGCCACCGAGGUCUGGGACCAGGCUGAGCAACUAUCCAAGGAGCAGAAAGACUUCUUCCUGGAGUUGGACAAGGCGAUGGGUCCUCUGAUCUUCAACACCAGCAGCAUGACAGAACUGGUGCGUUACACACGGCAGGGCCUCCACUGGCUGCGCCUGGACGCAAAGCUUAUUCCCUAGCGAUGACUCGCCCCUGCACGCUGCUUACACACAUACACACACCCACCCACCACCUCAGCAUCUUGUGCUCAGCAACGUGUGCCCAAAGGCACGUGCAAUCUCUCGACGAUGCACACUCACACACACACACACAGACAGAUAUGAACUGUAUGCACACACACACACAUACACACAAAGUCCACCUCUGGUCCUCCAUGUACACACAGGUGAUGAACUUCUCAGACAUAUCUCCAACACUGUGUCCAUUUUCUACACCAGCUUGCCAAAAACACUGAGCAAUCUAGAAACAUCUCACACCUUCGAUGGCACCACACAGGGAGAGGCAUCGAAAACUGCAACACAGGAAAAAAAAAAAAAGAAAAACCUGAGCUUAUUCCCAUACUUCAUAUAUCGGCAUUCUAACAAAAUCUUUGAAGGCCAUGUUUUUAUCUCUUUGGCAUGCAAGUGCCAGAUGAAUUAUUUAUUAUCAAUACACUAAAAAAAAAAAAAAAAAGGCGUUUGGUUUAUAGGCUACUUUGGCUUUUAACUUUUUCUUUUAACUUUGUUUCACCAAAGUACCUCCCAUAAACACCAAAGGUGCUUUAAAAUGAAGGUUUCUCUUUAUCAUUUUUGUGCCUUGUAUGUGAGCUACAGGAAAACAAACGGUCAUUCGUCAUUACCUAAAUAACUUAUUUUUCUUUCCCUUUUUUUUUUGGUCCUUUUUGCUGUAGCCACAGUUUUCAUUUCAUGCAUUUUUAAAACAUUUAACAAUUAAUGGAAGCUGGUUAAACAAUAAUGUUUUUAAUCGAGCAGUUUUAAGUCCUUUUAACAAAUAAAUUAGGCUACCAUCAUGAUUUAUCCAGUCUCUAGGAACUAGAGGUUAAUGUAAGAUUAUGCCCACAAGAUUAACUGACUGUACGAUGGACUACCGUACAGCAGAAUAAUACUUCCAACACACACACGCAGCCAUAUAGUGUCAUUUUAUUUUUCAGAAUCCUGAAUUUCUAAUGAAUAAUUUUUGCCCUGACCAAAUCACAGUUGGAUGUAGGGAGCAUCAUGGCCUCUAGGGGCUGCUAGCCGGGCUUUAAACUCUCGGGCUUCAUACAAUAGAUCAUGUUAACACUCUAUAUAAGAGAUUUGCUGCUUCUUUGAAGCUCCAGAAUAUACGAAUCUCCGCCUAUGAAAUGUUUUUACCCUUUGUCGCAAUUUCCUUGGGAAGCAGUCACUUUCAGUCAGUGUUAUUCUCUUUUCUUUUUUGAUCCCCUUGUUUGCUCAGAGUGCAUUCUUGUAAGGAACAGCAGGGAGUGUCUAUAAGUAUUGAAGAUCAUUUCCAGUUAUGUAUACAAUGCAGUUAAGUCACUUUGCAGUUUGUGAGAACUGGCACCGUGUGUGACCACUAAUUUGGCCCAAUGAAGGCAAAUUCAUCUGAAAGCAAAGAAACUCUUUUACGGAGGCAAACUCGUUAGCGAUGCAGAUUAGCAGUGUUGCGUUUAUAGAGCAAAGAGUUUUAAAUCUAUGAUUAUAUAUUUCAAAUCAGAGGUAUAACGGCCAAUAUAGAUUUUAUUUAUAUACCAAGCAGUUUUUUUUCUUCUUCUCCUCAAGCCGAAGUAUGAUGUUUCAAAUGUUUUAAAACAGGGUUCAACAGGGGUUAUGAGAUGCAAUGUAUUUGUAUAUGUAAUUGUUGCUAUUUAAAAUUUGAAAAACCUUAAUCAUGCCUGUAUUACAAGACAGUAGAUGAGAAGUGUUUAAGCUAGUUGUCGUUGCUGUGGGGGAGAGACAACAAGAGUAACUGUGUAUGCCGGCUGUCCACAUCUGAACAUUUCUGUUAUUUAAAAUUACUGGUUGUCAUUAAAGCAAAUGUGGCUGACGGUGCUUUUGAAUGAAGAUGUUUCCGUUGACAUUUUUUGGCAUUUAGUAACGGUCGAUGGCACAAAGGACCGUCUGAGUUCUGAUUAUUUUAAGACCACUUCCUACAAAAAACAUGCUGGAAAUAUUAAAGCCUGGACCAAGUUAGUAUUCUUGGAAACCAUUACUGGCAGAUUUGAUGGAAGAUGAGUAAGGACACGAUUUAAGUGCCAGACAGUUUGAGCGUGAUAGUCCUUACCUUUUUCUUGCACUUUUCCACCUAUUUUAAAACAUAUUUGGUGUAAAAAAAACAAAACAACAACAUUCGAGUUGACACCAUUUUCAUCUCAGUAAUCAGAAAUCUUAAGCAUUACUCUGUGGCCCAGCGUUCAUCCUUUUUUUUUUUUUGUCUUUUGUAUUUUCUUUCCUUCACUGGCUCCCUGGCCUUUAUUGUAGGAGGGGAUACUGUUAUUUCCUCUUGCACUUGAAAAAGAGUAAGUCAGAGGAGGUAUUAUUUUAAUCUAUGCAGGAUUUUUACAAAAAUAAAAUUGUCCGUUUCUGUGGGGGGGGCAAAAAAUAUUUUUUAGGCUCUCCCACUUUUCUUCUCCUCUUUUUUUUCUGCCUCAGCGAGAAACCUGUUUGACUCAAGUGUCCAAUGCCUUUAGCUUUUGCAAACUUUGUGUACUGGUUUAGUAAAUGUGUGUAUAUAGAUCUGUUUUUAUAACCAAACACAAAUGGCUUGAGCCAUUUUGUACUAAAAGCUGGAGGCCACUUUUCUCAUAGGAAUUCCUCUGCGGGUUUUGCCAGCCCAGUCAAUGUCUUCAUACACUGGUACACUUUGUAAGUACAGGUCCGCGCCUCUUCUAGUCAAUUGUACAAAUUUAGCAUUAGAAUUAUUUUUAACUGUUUGCUACUCACACUUAUUUAUUUUUCUGCCCCUUUGCUUAAUGUUUUUUUUCUCUUCCUAUUUUUCCUUUUUCUAAGGAGUACCAUUUUAUGAAAUAGAAAGAUGUAAAUGUAUUGGGGUUGUUCAUGAUGAGAUUUCAUUGUAAGUAGUAAUUAAUAUUAAUUCUAACUUUAAAGAAUCCAGGGUAAGAUGAGGUUUUUUUUGACAUUUAGUAGGAAGAUGUUAACACUUGCAUGUUUCUAUUUAAAUACAAAUGUAAAAAUUGUAAAUAUAACAUUUCUUUAAGGGUGAAUUUCUACUACAGGUUGACAUUUUUAUUAAAUUUAAAAAAUCCUGUAAAUACAUUUGUGAGAUACUUUAUGCACAUUUUUUUUUCUUCUCCUCUGUGGGCUCUUCUGUUCUCUUCUUCCAAGCUGUUACAGACGACAUCCCAGUCUCUUAACACUGUAUAUCAAUUUGAUUUCUCAGUCCUUUUUUUCUCACCGUGCUCGUAUACUUGUCUUCUGCUUCACCGUCUCUCAAGUAUCAUGUCAAGUCGCCACAUAUUCAUCAAUGUCUCUAGAUCCAAGUGCGAAUAUUUUGUCUUCUCUGUAUUUGAUACGGAGACGUGUACUUUUCAUGAAAUGUAUAUUGUCGCUCUCAUGGGAUGGAUGGAUGGAUGGAUGGAUGGCGUGUACAGUCUGUUUCUUCCUCACGAGAGAUGUAUUUACUACGUGUCCCUUUUUGAACAAUUGGUCCAACAUGUCUUUUGGAACAGAGGUAUUUCUCUACACAUCGAACCAGUUGUAGCAGUUUAUACAGUACGUUGUAUGACACCUUUUUUUCUAAAAAAGUCAUCUCUGAAGCGAGACCUACAGCAUACACACUAUGUACAAUAGUCGAAAAAUUGGAUUAGUUUUAAGAGAAGUGACGAUAGAGAUACUAUAUAUGAUCGAUGCAAUAUGAUUAAAGGGUACUCAUUGAGUUUGAUCUUCAAACUUAGGUUAUGUAAUUUAAAAGCAUUCUUGUGAAGUGAGUAUUAAUUGUGACUAAUGAGAGUCUGUCCUGAAUAUUCUUUGUAUUUUGCCGUAUUGAGAAUAAAAUAUAUAUGGAUAUGUUUAA